AUGUAAGAACUUCACGGCCGCCAAGAGAAUCGGCACAGCCGGUAAUCCAACACCGGUGCGAAUGCCACACGCGCAUCCGGAAACAUUCCGCCAGUUUAUUCGUUACAUCUACACCGGUAUGAUAAUACUACAAGAUAGUGGAAUUUUCGAAAUGCUGGGUCUGGCGCAAGAACUUGGUAUAGAAGAACUUUGGAGAAGUUGUGAGGAACACGUGUCUGUUACUUUAAGUCCGGGAAACGCGUGUGCACUUUUAACUGCCGCUUUGGAGGCCCAAGAACGAGUUCCAGGAGGAAAAGCUGCUUGCUCAUCUUUUAUCGAGAAAUGUUUCGCUUUUAUCGGAGAAAAUGCUAUGGAUACGGUGAAGACGACAGCAUUCUGCAAUCUUCCAAAGGAUGCUUUAGUGAAAUUGAUAUCGUCGGAUUAUCUCGGUUUGGAAGAAGAGGACGUAUGGCGGGCUGUCUUGAAUUGGGCGAAAUAUCAGGCGGGAGUUACGCAGCCCACGCAGCACUGGACCGAGGAAGAGCGCAUGAGGGUAUGCCAGCACCUGUCCGGUGUGAUAAAUCACGUGCGGUUACUGUUGAUCGACAGCCAGGUGUUUGCGGAGGAGGUAGAGCCGACGGGCGCGGUGCCGAUAGAGAUGUCGUUGGAGAGGUACGAAUUUUUCAAUCCCGAUCGAUCGAGCGGCUCGAAAUUUCUAAGGUAUAGGUAUGCAGCUCUGCCGAGCAAGUACUCGGAGGUGUGCUCCGACAAGCGAUUGCAGCCGCGAGUCAGCCCGUUUCUCUUCCCGGGCUCGCAGAUCCUUUCCAGGGACAAGGUCGGCUUCCAGCGGGUUCUGAAUCAGUGGUACGGCGUGUCGAAACAGGGCUGGCGGUUGGUCUAUCGAGCGUCGACUCAUGGCUACUCAGCGGCGUCUUUUCAUCGGCACUGCGAUAACGUUUGCCCGACGUACGUGAUAGUGCUGGGAGUGCGCGGCGAGAUAUGUGGAGGAUUCAGCGAUGUUCCGUGGGGUAAAACUAACUCGAAGGCGCAAUACAUCGCUUCGGAAAAGAGUUUCCUUUUCACGUUGACGAAUAAUCAAGACGUACCGCCGACGAAGUUUGACAUCGUGAAAAAAUCAUUCGCGAUCUGCUACCAUCCGGACAUAGGGCCAAUCUUCGGUGCCGGAGCUGAUCUGCUUAUAUCGAGCAACUGCAAUGUCAACAAAGAGAGCUACAGCAAUCUGCCGCAUAGUUACGACGGGGAUCACGCAUCUAAUCAGUUGCUCAUGGGGGACUAUCAUUUCUCGGUAAUCGACUAUGAGGUUUUUACUCCAAGUCAUCCUGCUCCCAAAUCCAAUCAUUAAAUUAAUUACCGUGAUAAAAUCAACAUUUGCAUAGAGGAAAGUCCCCUAUUAUGAGAUAGGCUCCUAAUAUGCGACAGCGAGGUUUCUGCUAAACUAAUAGGCCCUAUUUGUUGGUUCCACCAUGAACUUAUUGCCUUUGGGGUAAAACCUAUUUAGUGAAAAAUUCAUUGUUUGAUCGUGCGUGUAGUCGUUGCAGAGAAAGAAAUUGUGAAAUUGGGUGUUGUCAAGUGUCAUGGAUAUGAGUCUUUAAACCUUGUUUUUUAUUUAAUUAAUAAAUAUUUGGCAAUAAGUUCUGCAUGCAGCGAUAGAGUAAGGUCGUAUUAAUAGGAAAAUACGGAAUAUGUUGAGUUGCUCAAUUGUAGAGAUUAAAUUUGGUGAUCGCGAAACCGCAAGGCGUGGUGCUCGUAACAUGAGAUACUCAGGGCACUCCUGGGUUGCUGGAGUAUGAAAGUUAUUGUAUAGUAAUAAAAGAAGAGAAAAUACUUUAACGUUAAGGGAAGGUUUAUACGAAUUUUGCUGACCUUGAUUUGAGAGGGAAGGGUGGAGGGGGAAGAUUUGGUACAAUAUUGAGUAUAAGUGGGUUUGCGAUUAUUGCAAAUGAGCUUCUGCAUCACAUGUGUAUUUGAGAAACAUUAAAUAAAGGUUUUUAAUAGUAAUACUGAUGUAUUUUGCACUUUAUUAGCGAUUUCCCGGGGUUUCUCAUAUUAGGAGCACACUUUUGCGAUUUUGCCGAAAGCUUAUUUUUCACCUUUUUCUAAUUUUCAGCAAAAUUAAUAUUUAAAUUAAAUUUUACAUUUCAGCAUCUUAAAGCUUAUUAA